AUGACAUUUCUAUUACCUUUCUCACGUCGUUCUCAAUAUGAUCCUAUUGCCGAUCCUAUUCAUUUCGAAAAACAUUUUGAUUCACCAGAAGUUGUUCGUGAUAUUAUUUUAGGUCUUAGUGAUGGCUUAACUGUACCUUUUGCUUUGGCUGCGGGCUUAUCGGCUACAAUGAGUAGUAAAACUGUACUUAUCGCUGGGUUAGCAGAGUUGAUUUCUGGAGCAAUUUCUAUGGGAUUGGGUGGUUAUCUUGCUACCAAAUCCGAAUCUGACCAUUAUGAUACAGAAAGGAUUAGGGAAGAAUGUAAGGAAUUGUAUACAAGAAGAGAUACAAGAGAUUAUUGGUUAGUAGUAAUUCAAGAAGAAGAAAAUAUUAUGGAACCUUAUGGACUUGAUGAAAGAGCUUUGAAACCAAUUAUUCAAAGAUUUAGAGAAAAUCCAGAUAAAUUUGUUGAUUUUAUGAUGAAAUUUGAACUGAAUCUUGAAAAACCAGAUCCUUCUAGAUCAUGGAAAAGUGCUCUAACAAUUGGAAUAGCAUAUUUUAUUGGUGGUUUGAUUCCAUUGAUACCAUAUUUUUUCGUUGAUACACCAUUUGUUGGUCUUUGUAUUAGCAGUGGUAUAACAUUAUUGUGUCUGGUUGUAUUUGGGUUUAUCAAAUCACUGUUUAUUGCUCCAAAUAGAGCAUAUAUAGCAUCAAUACAAACAGCAUUUGUGGGUGCGUUAGCAGCUGGUUCUGCAUAUGGUGGAGUAACAUUAAUUGAUCACAUUUUUCGAGAAUAA